AUGACCACCAGCGCGUUAGCCGGGAUUUUUGCGGAGGCUACGUUGACGGUCGACGUGGCAAAGAAGCACGUCCGCGAAGCGGCCAACGUGGCUGUUGCUGACGCUGAAAGGGUCCCGCACGUGUUGCGGCGAGCAGCUGACGUGGAUGCGGACGACCCUGCCACGUGGCGCGAGCUCACGCUUCCGUCGCGAGGGCUUUCCAGGUUGAAGUAUAGAUUAUCUCCUGGCUCGGCACUGUUUGGACACCGCCAGCAGCAUCGAGUUAGGAGAUGUUUCAACCACACACCCACCCCCCUCUCCUCCCUCUCCCCCCUCUCAACCCUCUCCCCCCUCUCCCCCCUCUCCCCCCUCUCCCCCCUCUCUCCCCUCUCUCCCCCCUCUCCCCCCUCUCUCCCCUCUCUCCCCCCUCUCCCCCCUCUCCCCCCUCUCUCCCCAACCCCUGCCCUCAUCCCUCAGGGUCUCGCGUCCUGCGUGUCUCUGCGCUGGCUGGACAUUGCUAGCAACAGCGUCUCCUCGCUUCAGCCGCUCACGUCCCUCACAGCCCUCCUGGUCCUAAAAGCAAGCCACAACAUGGUGGCAGACGUCUCUCCUGUCACCCGCCUGGCGAAGCUGCAGGCGCUCAUUCUCAACAGAACGGGAGGACUUGUUGCCCCACCAUCCUCCCGUUCCUCCUCCACCCCCACACUUUCCCUUCCCCUUCUUGCCCCAACUCAUCCCUUCCCUCCUCUCCCCACUUCCGCACCUCCUCCCCACUCUCCCAUCCCUCCCCCACCCUCUCCUCUCCUCCUCUCCUCUCUCCCCCCUUCCUCCCCCCUCUCUCACCCCUCCUCCCCCCUCUCUCCCCCAUCCUCCCCCCUCUCCCCCCCCUUCCUCCCUUCCCCUCCCCACUCUCCAGAUAACCUGCGCGUCUCCCUGCGCAAUCUAGCUCCUCUUGUUCUCUCUCUGUCCUCAUUGUUCUUCCCUCCCCCUCUCCCGCCCUUCCGCCUGCCUCGCCUCCCCCCUCUCUUCCACCAGACAACCUGCUAG